AUGAGUUAUAUUAACCCAGAGAACGCUCUAAAGCACGCUUAGGAAUUGAGACUUGAGGGAAACAUGGAUGGUGCCUUAGAGGAGCUCCAUCAAGCCCUCCACGGCAAGAAAUUCAAGGGAAACAACAUUAUUCUAGAGAGAAUUAUGCUUGAAAUGAUUGACAUAUGCUCUGAAAUUUUGUAAACAUCCUACCUUAAGGAAGACAUUGGUCACUUCAGAAAUGUAUGCCAGCACACUAACAUGAGUCUCCUAGAAAACGUACUCAAGACACUCAAGUCUAAGACUGAUUAAAUCAUCGCCAGAGUGGAAGAACAACAGGGAGAAGAGAAACUUAGAUAGAUAUUAAGUGAGGACUCCGCCCAAAAUUUGGCAUUCUUGAGUGGAGAUGGUGAAUUGAACCCAGAAGAUUUAAUCGUGAUGGCUAACUGCUAAUACGAGCAAAUUGAGGAAAAAAACAGAGUCAUGCCAAGUGUUAACUUCUUCAUUGACGUUUGCAAGAUUAUUCUUGACACUCUUAGACAAAACUCAAAGAUGCUUGACUUCUACAAUGCUACUGCCCAAAAGUGCUUUGAAAUCUGCGCCAAGUACAACUACAAGUCUGAGUAUCAUAAGAUCUCAGAGACUCUUCACAGUCACUUCAACCAAAUUUUGAAGCUUUCAAAGAGUCCAGACGCCUAGAUUCUCUCUAAAAUCCCCUUCCCUGUCAAACUUGAUGAGGAGGAUGCUCUUUAAAAGGUACUUGAGCUCAGAUAUCAACAACUUAAAAUCGCAUUGAAAAUGAGAGUGUGGUCUGAUGCCUUCAAAACCUCAGAGAAUAUCUAUUAACUAAUCAACAGACAAAAGCAUCACGCUUCAAGAAUGAAGUAAAUCUUGGCUGAUUUCUUCCAAAAUCUAGCUCUUAUCUUCUGGGAAUCUGACUUCUAUCUCUUCCACGCUUACUCAUUAAUGAAUCUUCAGCAAAUAAUUAAGUUGUCAAAGACCAUGACUGAUGAACAAAAAGCAUAAAUGAGCACUCAAUUCGUCCUUGCUACUCUCUCAAUUCCUCUAGAUAACAAACUAUCUAACUUCGAGAGACUCAGCGUACAAUAUGUUCCCCAAGGAAUGAAUGAGUUCUAUGAUGAAUCAAGCCAAAUAAAGAAUGAGUUAUUUGGAAUCGCCAACAUGCUUCAAGUAAAGGGUACUCCCUCAAGAAACAGUUUGAUCAACUAUCUUAAAAUCAAGAAUCUACAUUUAAACACUCAAUACCCACAAAUUCAAGAGCUCUUCAGACUUAUUGAAGAGGAAGAAUCACCAUUCAAGAUCUCAACCAGAGGUAAACAAGUAUUGGACGAGUUACUCUCAGUUAAAGAUACUAACUGGGCUCAAUACAAGGAAUUCAUUGUCAAGAGUCUUUCAGUGAGAAUUCUCCAAAAGUGCAAGAACUACUUCAAAAAUAUGAAAAUGGCAAGUCUUAGCAAACUUCUAGUCUUCUACGAUAGAUUUGAGUAAAUUGAAUAAUUGCUCUUUGAAUGCAAUAACCAAAGUUUGAUCUAAACUGUUAUCGAUCACAAGAGUCAGUCAAUUACCUUCAAUCAAGAGGUUGAAGUUGCAAGCAACCUUAUCAAGUUCGGAUUAAAGCUCAAGGAUGCCUUCUAAAAAGUCCAAGGAGUAGUCUCAGAAGGCAAAGAAAGAGAGAGAAUAUUCAUGAAAGUCAAGGAAAAGAUGGAGUAAGAGAUGAGUGAUGUCCUCAAACGUAAAGAAGACAUGCUCAAGAUGAAGGAUGAUAUUUAAAAGAACAAAGAACUAGAGAACAAAACUCUUCAAGAUAUCCUUUAACAACAACAAUAAGAAAAGGAAAAGGAAUUCAACCUUAAGAAAGUCAAGGAAGAAAAGGAUAGACAAAAGAACAAGCUGCUAGACGAACUUGAACUAAUGAGAAAAAUCAGAGCUCAGGAAGUUCUUCAAGAACUUAUAAGAAAAGGUAUUAAGAAGAUUAAUGGAGUCAAAAUCACAGAUAUGGAGAAGAAAGCAGAAUAAUCUGAGCCAUUGGACUAUGAUACAAUUAUGAACUUCUAUCAAAACUUGUUGAGAAAAGAAAAAGAGCACUUCGAAAUUGAAAAGAAGAAGAAGCUAAAGGAAGUCGAAUACUGGGCUAGAGCUUUGAAAGAAGAAGAAAAGGUUGCUAUUGAGAAGUAUUGCCAAGAGCAUGGUGAAGAGGAAAUGAAGCAAAUUCAAAAAGCUAUUUAGGAUAGAAAUGAAAGAGAACUCAAGCUUAAACUAUCACUUGAAAAAGCUUUCCCAGUGUAUCAGCAAUUUAGAGAAGGUGUUAUGUAAAAGAGAAGAGUUGAUUUCGAAAAGAAGAUGAAUGAAUUCAUUGAUAAGAAGGGCCUAGAAAUUAAGUAGCAGGUCUUAACUGAAGCUAUUGCUGAGCUCAAGAAAAUUGAUAACCUUAGAAAGGUAAAAGAAGCUGACAUUAAAAGAAAGCAAAAGGAUGAGGAAAUCGCUGCAAAGAGAAGAGCAGAAGGUAAAUUAGAGGAAAAAUUAGAAGAAGAUGGAACAAUUGGUAUUGGUUGGGGUAGAGCUAAAAUACAACAACCAGAGAUCGUCCCUAGACAAGGGGCUGCACCAAGAGAAGAUGGAAUUUUAUCCAGAUAAGUGUUCGGUUAGGGUAGAGUAGAGCCAAAAGAAGAAGAAAGGAAAGAAGACUCUAAGAGACCUACUUUCACUAAAUAAAAGAAAGAAGAUGGAGAAGUUGGUUUCAUAAACAGAUCUGCAAUGGGCACACAAAAGGCUGAAGAGACCAAGAGCACACUCCCACCAAAGAGAACUUUUGGAACUGAGGAAUAAAAAUCAACUGCUCCAAGUACUGGAGGUCCAGCCUGGAGAAGUUAAAACUCAAAUGCACCAGCUACCUAAAAGGACACAGGCACUAGCUUCCAGAGAGGAAAUGCCCCAGCACCUACUACAUCCUCAGGAUUUUCUAGAGGUUCAAAUUAGACUCAAUCAUCAUAAUAGACAACCAGUAAGCCAUAGACACAAGCUAAGCCAGCUGAAAAGAAAGAUGAAGCUGCUGGUGGCUGGAGAACAACCAAGAAAUGA